AUGCGGGGUAUUAGAAGACUAUUAGUUUUCUGUACAUUAACAACAAUAUUACCGAUUAUACUUCUUGUAACACCUUUGUAUCUACGACAUAAUUUUUAUGCCAAUGUUGCAUAUACUGUAACUGAGUCUGAUAUCCUGGAGAUUGCUGAUGGAGUUUCUACAAUAUUUUGCUCAGAGCUUACUUUACAAAUGAAUAGAACCUUCAAUGCAUUUCAAAUCUCACACAAACCGGAAAUAACUUCGUAUAAAAAGCAUAUACGUCUUAAGAAAAGUAUGACCAUACCAGAUGACACUCUAGAGUAUUGGGGAUUUUAUCUCUUACAAGGAGCAAGUGUAGCGCUUUCUGUUUGUUCAAGGUUCGAAGGAGCUUCCAUAUUACUUGUUAAAGGGGAACGUAAUCUACGAACGUGUGGUAUGCUAGAACACAAUCACAACGAGCAAAUUGUUGAAAAUAUAUUUUUACCAGAAGCGAAGCAACAAGUUAAAGUAAUAUUUACAUCGAACACCGAGGAAGCUACAUCCCAAAAGAAUCCUAUUAAAAAUAAAUUAUCACGGAAUGUUACUCCGAAAGCUACCAACGAAGUUCUUACUGAUUUACAUAGGAAUAUAAGUAACAACGUAUUGUUCAACAAAGAGAUCCGUGUAAAGAAACUGAAAGAAUCGAUGGAAAGUACAAAAACUACAGCAUCACCUCUGGAAGAUACUGUGUAUAAUACGAGAAAACUGAGGCAUACCAAAAAGAGAGGGUACACUAGAGAGAUGGAAGAAAAAAGAAGAAAUAUGUUGCAACAGACGGAAAUAAACCGUAGUUUAGAAAAGCACAGUGUAGAUAGUAUUAACAAGGAAAGAAAAAUGGAGAAUACAGUGUCCAAUAAAAGAGUUAAAAGGAAUCAAGAAUUUAUUCAGCCACCAUUUCUACUUGAUCAAGGCGUUAAACACGGUGGAAAUGCUGUUAUAAAUACAACAGAUAUAGAAAAUGAUUCUUCUAUAUCCAGUUUUGAAAACGAUCUCCUCAAAUGUUAUGGUGGUUCGAUUCUUAUGGCGCAAGAAUUCGCACCAUCCGAACAGUGCACGAAUGUCACUUAUUUGCUUAGCGGGAAACACAUGCAAGCGACCCAGAAUAUUGUCGAAAGUGGUUAUUAUUAUUACAUUUUUUACAGCGACAAUGAUAUCGUGUCAAACGAUAUACACGCGGUGUUCGAUAUUUACAAACCCGUUCUUCAGUAUGAGAAUGUAACAAAAUCGUGUAUAAAUCAAACGGAAUGUUCCUUUUCAGUAAGUCUGCUCUCAGCGGACAGAGUAAUCGUUGAAGUACCAACCAAGGAUGGUGUUGAAUAUGAAAUAGACGAUGGUAGCUUACUUCUGUCAAUUUGUCAACCACGUAUGGAAGUGUAUAUCGUUUUUCCUAUCGCAGUAUUACUUCUAAUCCUUACUUGUGCUUUCAUAUAA